AUGGACGCCGCAGGCCAGGCCAGUGUUGGCGAACCGAACAAUGGCGGCAAGACCUGGCCCAAGGACUACCAGGACAUCUUGGCCGGCAUCGAGUCUGCCCUCAAGGCCAUCGAGGCACCGGGAACCUUUGCCAGUUUUGCCGGUCUUAAUAAUCCAAAUCUACAAGAUACCCUAGGGCUCCAUGUCCACGGCGUCGGCGACAUCCAGGUGCCUCUAAAGGAGGAACAAGCCCGUCAAUUGAUCGCCCAAUCCCGCCAGGCACCCUUCGGCAAAGGUACCGAAACCGUUGUUGACACUUCGCCACUGUGCAACAAGCUAGGCGUCAACUCGCCUAUCCGCGCCGAGCUCUACAAGAUGCUCAUCUACGAGACUGGCGCCAUGUUCAAGGCACAUACCGACACCGAGAAGAUCCCCGGCAUGUUCGGAACUCUGGUCAUUUGCCUUCCAUCCCCGCACGAAGGUGGCGAUGCGGUCGUGAGACAUCGCGGUCAAACGAAGACCUUCAAGACCUCAACCAGGCAACCAUCCGUGUUAUGCUGGUAUUCAGAUGUACAUCAUGAGCUCUUGCCCGUCACAUCUGGCUAUCGGUGGGUCUUAACCUACAACCUCGCCAUUUCCCCUGACGAGGAGAGGCCGUGUGCCUCCAUUUUUGAUGAGGAAACACAAAAGUUGCGGGACCAGCUACAACGAUGGCUUGACUUCCACAAUUUACCGGAGAGGCCCAAGGGUGAGCCAGACGGUGAAACCCACCACAUCUACCACCUGCUCGACUACGAAUAUACCGAAGCUAGUAUCUCCCUCAAGGCACUCAAGUCCACAGACCUCGCUCGCGUACAGCGUCUGAGAGACUUGUCCAAUGAGCUAGAGUUUGACAUCUUUCUCGCCGUUCUUGAGAAAAUGGAAACUGGCGAAGUUGAAAAUGAUUAUGACGACUACCGCGGCUUCGGAAAGUGGUACAAUGAUGAAGACGAGGAGGAUGAGGGCGAGGACGAGGAAGACUUCCACUACAUUGAUUGCCCUACCGAGCAAGAGGAAUGUAUCAAGAAGCUUGUGAGCUUGGACGGCCGCAAACUCCGCUCAAAUAUUAAGCUCCAAGAUGGCGAUCUGUAUGACUGCCUCCACCUGAUUCCAGAAUGCACAGAUCCAUUCGAGUGUAUAGACGGCGAAGAAGAGUACGAGGGUUAUAUGGGCAACUGGGGUCCCACAGCAACUCACUGGUAUCGCACAGCCGCCGCUAUACUCACCCUACGUAACGUCACCGACGCCUUUCUUACGCAGGGCCUUGGGAGAAAAGGCUCGCAGGAGUUGCUCACUCGCUACCUAGCCAACCUGGGGGCCUGCCACGCCGGGCUGUUACGAGACGAGAAAGGUCAAUCGUGCACUUGUUCACCUGACCAUGGAAACGGCCAUUACCUCCGCGAGUACACGCUGUUUAAUAGCAUCAUGGGGUGGUUGGACGCCGAGAGCAUUAUCGAGGACAUCUUAACUCUCGUUGGCGACUCGAUUGACGCUGGGACGCUGGAGUUUGGGGAGAUCAAGACGAGUUUGCUCGGCCAUCUUCAAAGAUGUCCAUUGCACGACCGUGCGAGCCGCCUGCAAAAGAUAUUGCCACCGGGUAAAAUGGAGAAAUUCGAGCCAGACGUGUUUACAUGGGCUGCUGAAGUCAUUGAUAUGUGCCUCACCGACAUUGAGAGAGCCGCAAGGCCAACACUCUCUCGGAACAAGAUGGCCAUGGCAUCCCUUCUCCCCGUCAUCGAGGGCGCAACCACCAUGACUCCCUUCGUCUUUGCUGUCGUUCAAGAACUGGACGCCCAGAACGGCAAAGGAGCACUUCCGCAGCCCGAAACCCUUGAUCUGAUCAGACGACUCACCAAAUCUUCGAUUUCCGCCAUGGACAUCGCCACCCUGUGCAGCAUCGAGGGCUUUAAAGACCCUGUGUGGGAUACCAUAACCAAUGGCCCAAUUAUACCUGCCGAGCAACGUGGCCGAGUCAUUUCCCCUGAGCACCUGGCAAUGAUUUUCCUUAUGGCGCUGAAACUUGGCUGGGAUGACAUCCUCCGCAGCCUGUCGCUGAAGAUUGCCGCUCAGAUCCCUGCUGUACCCCCUGAAGAGUUCAAUUUCCUCUGGCUGCCCUUUCUUCACCUCAUAACCUCCAUAUUCCUCGAACAGUCCGUUCCGCUCUCAACCCCGAGAUACCAGCAACUUGCCCUAGCCAUCGUCGAGUCCUACCUCGACCGCUAUGUAGGCCCGGAGUCGCACCCCGGAGAAAAUGAUUGGGCUAUGCCUGACAUCAAGCGCUCCCUGUACUACGCUUGCCGGUGCAAUGAUUGUGAGCUGCUAAUGGCCUUCCUCAAAUCAUCUACCUUGAGGACCAAAAAGUUCCAGUGCGGAAAGGAUCGGAGGCGACACCUCCACGACAUACUGGACAGCUACGGCAGCGCCGUUAGCCACGAGACGGAUCGGUCGACGAACCCUAAUACGCUGGUCGUUAUCAAGCGCAGCAGCGGAGCUCAGGAUGGUAGGCGGGCGUGGGAAGCCAGGAGAAACGUGGCCACGACGGAAUUGGGCAAGCUCAAGCAGUCGGAGUUGAUGGAGUUGCUAGGGGAGGAAGACUAUAAGAAGAUUGUGAAGAGACUGCCAGGCCUAGCUCUCAGCGACAGUGCUUUCCGUGCCUCUUCUGGCAAUAGCGCCGCGGGUGUGAAACGGAAGGCCGAAGAUGAGUUGACUGACCGUGACAGACUGGCAGAUUUCUUGUCCGGAAGGGUAGAGUGGUGA